AUGCAUUGCUCAGAAAGCUGUUACUGGCAAGCACAGACGUCUUCUUAUGAUUCACUGGAAUUCAGCUCAGGUAGCCCUGAUGGAUUGGAUUUGGCUCCUCUAGAAGAUCUGAAUCCAUACAAAGACCAAGCCCAAGGUGCUUGCUUCUUAACCUUGAUCAGAAACAAAGCUCUGCAGUUUGAGAGGAAUUCAGCAGAAGAGAGCUUUUCAGGGAGAAGCAGCACUGUAACAACAACAGGAGGAGGAGCCAAAAUCAGAUCCGAGUUCAAAAAGUGUAAAGCUGUCAAGGAGCUCAGAGGAGAGCAAAGGAUGGUAUAG